CGGGGCGGUGGGGGCCGUCGGCAGAUGCCUUUGCAGCAGAGGACCAAGGAGGAUGCGAGCGUGAGUGUGUCUGUGUGUGCGCGUGUGUGUCUGUGUUGCGGGACAGUAUGCGGAUGCGACUUUUUCGCCGUCUUGGACGUUCGGAUGUCGUGUGUGAGUUGAAACCGGUCCGAACGGUGACGACCCGGGCAUGUGUGAGGUGGUUCUGACAGCUCGGGCGUUCCCGUCGGCCCGCUUGUGAGGGAGACAUCGAUCGUUGGUUCGCAGCAGACCGCCGUGACUCAUCACCGGCAUAGAGAUGGAAGCUGGAGUUUUCCUGCCGUGCCUGGAUCAGUUCAUGCGGAGUCCGCUUGUCACUUGGGUGAAGACGUUUGUCCCGGCUGAUGGAGGCCCGCUGGACUUCGCUGAACUGCUGGAUGGGGUCUUUUUGAAUGACAUCAUGACACAAAUAAAUCCCUCCAUCGCACCUCAGGGUGCGAACACAGUGAGCAGGGACCCGGGUCCGAGGGCUCAGAACCUGAACUUCCUCAUCCAGCAAAUCAAGACGUACUACCUGGACCAUCUGAGACAAUUAAUCAUGAUUCCUCUGCCAAACGUGUUGCUGCUUGGCAGGACGCCUUACUGUGAGCAAAGCCUGGAGGAAAUGAAAAAACUGUUGCUGUUGCUGCUGGGAUGUGCAGUUCAGUGUGAAAAGAAAGAGCAGUAUAUCGAGAGGAUACAGACACUUGAUUUUGACACUAAAGCUGCCAUAGCUUCACAUAUCCAGGAGCUGACCCACAGUCAGGAGAAUGUGCUGGACCUGCAGUGGUUGGACUGCAGCGAGACGCAGCCAGCGGAGCUGGAGGCGGCAGCGAGGAACGUGGCCGCGCACCUGCGGCGCCUGCUGGACCAGAGGGACGCCCAUCUGGAGACCAUAGCAGAGCUGGUGCAGGAGAAGGAAGGCGUCUCCAGCUUCCUCAGCAGCCCCUCCAGCCCGCAGCCCGCCGGCUACUCUCCCAGCAUGCACCAGCACCUGGGGGUGGAGCUGGCGGACUCCAAGGCCAAGAUCAGGCGGCUUAGGCAGGAACUUGAGGAGAAGAGUGAGCAGAUGCUGGACUGUAGACACGAGCUGGAGAACAUGGAGGCAGAGGUGAAGCGGAUCCAACAGGAGAAUUCCCAGCUGGUGGCAGAUGCCCGUUCAGCCCGCGCCUACCGAGACGAGCUGGACGCUCUGAGAGAGAGAGCCAUCAAAGCGGACAAGCUGGAGAGCGAAGUGGGGCGCUACAGGGAGCAGCUGCACAAGCUGGAGUUCCACAAGGCCAAAGUGGAGGAGCUGAAGGAGGACAACAGGGUGCUACAAGAGACCAAAGAGGUGUUGGAGGAUCAGCUGGCCGGCUGGAGGGCACGAUCCGACACCAUCCACCAGCUGGAGAAGCACAGCCUGCUGCUGAAGGCCCAGGUCCACGACAUGGAGCAGGAGAGGGAGGCAGAUCGCAGGCGCAUUGAGGAGCUGCAGGAGGAGAACCUGGCUCUGUGUUUGGCUCAGAGGAGGAGCAUGGAGGAGUCCCAGCACCUGGGCUGGGAGUUAGAGCAGCUCUCCAAGACUACGGAAAACUGCCAGGCCCAGCAGACUCUGAGCGAGGAGGUGAGUGAGAGGGCUCGCAGCCGGAUGCUCCAGCUGGAGAAGGAGAACCAAAGCCUCCUGAGGACCAUCGAGAAGCUCAGAACUGGCUCAGCUAGCAACAGCGCACCAUGCAAACACAGCCACCACCAUGAGUGUGAGCAUACCUGCAAGGUGCUCGGCGCCGCUGACGACCAGGACGCGCCAUCACAAACCCCACGCCACGGUGCUGUGUCUCCCUGCAACGCGACCACGCACCAGAACGGAGAUCCGAACCGCCGCGUCUGGCAAGCGCACGCGGUGGAGCCGGGGGGGGUCCAGAGUGAGGUCAUCCGUACGGGCAGUCCAGACCGCCACGUUCAGGAGAACGGGCAGCUGGAGGACGGAGUCCGAAGGUGCGACCUGGAAGUCUUGGAAAACAUUCACAACAGGCUACGCUGUGUUGUCGGAUCGGGCGAUGACGCCCCCGACUCGAGGAGCAGCAGUCCCUGUCACGACGGGGCCUUCACGGGUCUGCCAACACGGUCCUCCUACGCCAGCAAGCACACGCAGCGGCUCCAGGCUAAGUGCAGAGCCCUGGAAACUGUCAACCAGCAUCUACAGACAUCACUUGAUAACACAGACCGGAGAGUUCAGUGUUUGGAGGCAGAGGUCCAGGAGCUGGAGUUGGAGAACCAGAGUCUGCAGGCCACCCUGGAGGAGCUUCGGAUCGCUGCACGACGGCUGGAGCAGCUGGACACGGAGAAGCAGGCUCUGGAACAGGAAACCACAUCCCUGGAGAGGGACAAGAGGCAGCUGGAGAAGGAGAAUCGCCGUCUACGGCAGCAGGUCGAAAUCCAGGAGGCCAACCUAGACAGCAGCAACGCCUGCAUGGCCAGCUUGGAGAGGGAGAUGCGAUUUCUAGCGAAGGAGGUGGAGGGGCUGAGGGAGACUGCGGAGAGGGUCAAACGUCUGGAGAGGGACAACAGAGAACUGACCAAGCAGGCGGCUAUCGACCAGAGGACCUUGGCCACUCUCAGAGAGGAGCUUGUGAGCGAGAAGCUGAAGUUCCAGCAGAGAGACAAUGAGCUGGAGAGACUGACCCAUGAGCUGGACAUGAAGGUCCUGAACCAGGAGAGUGGACACCAGGAUGAACAGACACCAGACAACAGCAGGUUCAAGAUGCUGGAGUCCGAGCUGGCUCUGUCGCUGAAGAAGUCUCUGCAGCUCAAAGAGGAGAAGAUGGGCGCCCUGGAGGCUCGCCUGGAGGAAUCGUCCGCCCUGAACCAGCAGCUGCGCCAGGAGCUCAAGAGCGUGAAGCUGAGCCACGAGGUCUUGCAGCAGAGGCAGGAGGAGGAGUGGACGUCGUCCUGCUCCAGUCCUCCCAGCGAGGCUGGCAGGACGAUGAGCGAGUGGCUGCGUGAAAGCCAGGAGGCCACCAAGGAGCUGCUGAAGCUCAAAGACCGCCUCAUUGAGGUGGAGAGGAGUAAUGCGACCCUGGAGGCCGAGCGCCAGGCCGUGCAGACCCAACUGAAGCAGCUGGAGAGCCAGUGUGAUGGGCAGCAGGCGCAGAUCCUGGCCCUGCAGAGGCAGGCGGCCUCCCUGCAGGAAAGCAACACGGCCUUGCAGACACACAACGCCAACCUACAGGUGGAGAAGUCCACGCUGAACUCCCAGAGUGCCUCGCUCCUGGCCCAGAACGCUCAGCUGCAGCAGCAGAGGUCCGGCACGGAGGGCGAGCGGGACGGCGCCGUGCGGGAGCGCGAGGAGCUGCGCGGCGUCCACGAGCAGUUGCUGCGCGACCACGAGCGGCUGGCGGCGCUGCACGAGCGGCAGGCCGUGGACUACGAGGCGCUGAUGGGCAAGCACGGGUGCCUGAAGAACGCCCACCGAACACUGGAGCUGGAGCAUCGCACGCUGCAGGACAGGUACAGCAGUCUGUUACAGCAGCGGGCCAAGCUGGAGGACCUGGAGAAAGCCCUGAAGGAGGAGCAGAUGAGGAUGGCCCUGGAGAAAGAGCAGCACCGCAGCGCUGCCGCCGAAUGCUGCCGGCUGCGGGACGAGAAGGACUGGCUCAACCAGACGUACCGACUGCUUCUCAACGACUCCGAGCUGCUGACGGCCGACCACAAGCAGCUGAAGAGCCAGCUGAACGAGGCCAAGCUGGAGCACGCGUGGCUGGAGGCGGACUACUCCAAGCUCAAGAAGGAGUUCCAGCAGCUCGACAUCACCUCCACCAAGCUCAGCAACCAGUGCGAGCUGCUGAGCCAGUUGAAGGGCAACCUGGAGGAGGAGAACCGCCACCUGCUCGGCCAGAUCGAGACCCUGAUGCUGCAGAACCGGACCCUGUUGGAGCAAACCAUGGAGAGCAAGGACCUGUUCCAUGUUGAAGAACGACAGUACAUUGACAAGCUGAAUGAUUUGAGGAGGCAGAAGGAGAAGCUGGAAGAGAAGAUAAUGGACCAGUAUAAGUUUUAUGAGCCUUCACCUCCUCGCAGACGUGGGAACUGGAUCACUCUGAAACUGAAGAAGCUGAUGAAGUCCAGUAGCCGAGAGCAUGGGCCCGAGCGGCCCCCCACCCCCACGCACCCAGGCGUGGCUGAGCCGCCCCUCUCUGGGGGCGACAGCAGCUCCUUCGUCAGCUUUGAUGGCUCCGGGGGCUCCGCAGGUGACGCCCCCUCACCGCAGCACAACAGCACCUCUCUGAAAAUGUUUCCCCGUAUGAGAAAAAGGCUGAAGGACAGAGACAGAGUCAAGUCACUCUUCCGUCGUUCCAUGUCCCUAAGCAGCUUAGCAACCUCCUCCACCUGGCUCCAGGAUAAGAAAUGGCCAAACAGGACGCAGCAGCUGGAAGAGUCUGGCACUGACACGGAGAACAGGGAGGAUGCACUGACCUCGACCCUCACUGCCUCCAUCUUGUCUGUCUUCCAACUACAUCCUCCCACCAUCCUGCCAUCUCAUCAUCUCCAUGCAGUCAUCACCGCCACAAACACUGACACCAGUGAAACGGUUCCAGAUGUUCCUGAACUCUGGGUGACAGACAAAGAUUCCAAUGACAGUGCCGUGCCAUCUGGAUUUGAGGACCAUGACGAGCUGCAGAAUCACGGGCUGAAAGGAGUCCACAGUCGAGCCCAAAGUGUGAGCAGCGGUGAGUUCAGCCUGAGCCUGGAGAACGAGCCCUGGUCCAACGGCAGUAGCCCCGUCCAGCAGCCCCCAUCGCGCCAUUUCUCGCCCAGUUACCAGCCCCCCAGUGAUGCCUCAACUCCCCAACACACACACAAGCAGCCGCACAAGGAGAAAGCCUCUUGCCUGCCCAUCGCCGUUACUCAGAGUUCAGACCACCCAUCUGUACCAAAACAGAAAGAUCCUGGCGCUUCUCUGGACUUCUGGCUCACAAGGGGCACAAAGAGCAUCCGGAGGGCAUCGAGGGGUAAAGUGAUACGUCGCUCGUCGGAUUCGGGCGGUAUAGUCAAAAUGAACCAUGGACUCAGUGGCGUGGAUUCAAAGUCAAGCUGCGUCAAGGCUGAAACCACACGAGCCUCCGCUUGUUCGCCCAUCACUGUGUUGUACGUCCAGGGGAAGUCAUCCUCUAUGUCCGGCUGCCUCAACUGCUUCUCCACCCCCCUCGGGAAAGAAGGUCGCCUCAAAGGGUCCCGAUCCCCUAAAAGUCUCCCCCGUGCCAGUAGUGUUAUUUCAACAGCCGAGGGAUCGUCUCGGCGCUCCAGCAUCAACAGUGACUGCAGGGUGGCGGUCGUGACUGAGUCCGUUCAAACCCAGGUUUCAGAAGGAUGCAAUCAACAGGAGGAGACAGCAAAUCAGAAUCAACAACAAGGCCCAAACACUAAAAACUGUGAGCGUGAGCCGAUCGCUCCGGUCAAACCUCCCAGAGACCCAGCAGUCGUGCCCACAGACCAAACUAAGUCCCCUGUGCAGGAGUCUCUUUUGGGCUCCUCGUUCACCUUCAGCUCUGUUUUCUCAGACACGAUCUUCACUGAUUCCAUGGUCACUGCCAUGAGUAAUUUAGAGGGACUGGACGACAACCAGCCGUUCGUCCGUCUGAAUCCUUCGCCGCUCGACAACCAGGAUUCCUCUCUGAAAACCCCACAGACGCUGAUCGAGGCCGAGAAUGAGCAGAGUGGAGACACAGGACACACUGGACUGGAGAAUGCAGAGCCCAUCACAACUGCUUGAAGGCAGCGGCCACGUAUGUUAAUACUGUUCCCGAUUACACAGUCAGGUUUCAUCACAUCUACCAAAGCACACAGCAAACGUCACUGGAACUGAAUCUGUCUUAACACGUUCAAAUUUGUUGUCUUUUACUUUAUAAAAAAUGUUUUAAGUGUUUGUUCGUGUUUUGCAUUAAUUAUAAAUAAUUUACUGCAAAAUGCAUUUUACUUAUACUUAUAUGUUACUUUUCCAAUAUGACAAUCUUUUGUUGUGUAUACGUGUAUUUCUUUAUCCUUGUGUCUCUAUUUAUGCUUCUAUCAAAAAACUUGUGUUAUAACUUAUUAUCUGUCAGAUGAUGUGUCUCUUGAGUUAAAUCUGACUCUUGGGCAAAAUGUUAUGUUCAUAUGUAAAUGAAUUGUGUAAAUCCUAUAACCUAUACGUUUCUGAAUGAUAUUUUCCUCUUCAAUAAAGAAACUCCGCACACACAGAA